AUGUCGCUCCAUCCAUUUCCGCCAUGGAUAGUACCAGUAAUCAACUGGAAUCUCGUCCAAUCCAUCACCGGCCUAACAGUGGCCUUCACCGAUCCCCAAUCGCCCCUCCGGCCACUCGCAGCAGCAACUACAGCGCUGCUCGCAUAUCUCCUCCAAUCCAACAUCCAAACCCACUUCGCAGGAACCCGUCCGUCUGGUCCAACGGUAGCAAUGUGCUGGGUUAACGUCCUGAACGCAGUCGACCUGCUUGUUCUCACCCGCGCCUCUUACGAAGCCCAGCUUACCUACACUACAACAAAGACCUCCAAAAAGGACGCCCCAGCACCUAAAACACACGACUCACUCUGGGAUAGAAUUCUCUUCUCCAUCGUCCUGCCCUACAACUACCGCCGCAUCAACACCCCCUGGCAAAUCUCCCGCCUGCCGCGCUUCUCCUCGACAAACCCCUCCUACAUCCCGACAAAAGCCACCUUCCUCCUCCACUCAACAGCAAAACUCCUCGUCGCAGGCACAAUAAUCCACCUCCUAACCCUCGAUCCAACCGACCCCCACCUCUCAUCCGCACUCUCCCAACUCGACGAAUCCAAGUCCGUCCUCGUCACUUACAACUCCAGUCUAUAUACCAUACUCCUCCAAGCCCGCUUCACCCUCUCCUUCGGCCUCGUCACCCGCGCUGCAAUAGUAGGCGGAUACACGGCCGGUUCAAUCCUCGCCGUCCUGCUCGGCUCCAGUCCAGCGUCUUGGCCACCAAUCGCGGGGUCAUUGAGUGGUGCUUGGUCGCUAGGCAGACUUUGGGGUGGUGCAUGGCAUCAAACGCUUCGGCGCCCGUUAACAGCGAACGCGACCUUCCUUUCCUCAACGCUGGGGCUGAAACCGACCAGUCGACCGGCGCAUUGGAACCGCGUCGUUAUCGCCUUCAUCGGUUCGGGUGUUGUGCAUUCGCUCAUGGAUAUUGGGUUUGGGGUUCCCUUGGAUAAAACGGGUGGGUUGGUGUUUUUUGCAUUGCAGAUUCUGGGGUUUAUCCUCGAGAGUGUCUUUCAGUGGCUGGUGGAUGUAUUGGGGGUUUCUGUGGGGAAGAAGGUUGAGAGAUGCAUUGGGUAUAUCUGGGUCUGUGCCUUCUUGCUUUGGAGCACGCCUGUCUGGAUUAAUCCGAUUUUAAUCAGUUUGGCGCGCGAUGGAACGAAUGUUAUGUCGCCUUGGAUUGGGUUGCCGCCUGCUUGGAUAGGGUUUUAG